ACUUCGAAAGGUAAACAAAAAUCACACUUCGUUAUUCUGCGGGUGUUCCGCAGAUCGGAUUGAGUGAAAUUUUACUUUGUAUAUUUUGGAGAAUUUUUUGUGUGUAUAUUAAAUAUUAUGGAGUGGUUUGAGGUACUUCGAAAUUACAUGACCGAGAAAAACCUCACUUGUAUAAUACAACAGUACACUGAUCAAGACAUUGUGUUUCGUUGCAAUUUAAACACCGACAGUGACGCACAUUUGUUUAUAAAAUUUUAUCAGGAUUUCACGUCGACCAAGUGGAUUGUUGUCGGAGGACCUUCGGAGCCUAGGAAAAUCGUAUUUCACAAAUAUUGGGCCUGCGAGCACAGUGAGAGAAACAAAAAAAAGAGCGAGCCGACUCCGAAGAAUACUAACUGCGAGGCUCGAAUUGACAUACUAAUCAAGAAGAAUAACAGAAACACAAGAAAAAAUGACGAGUACCUGCGGAUGACUCCUCCACUAAAUGCCAAAGUAGUAAUAAAAGGUGUUCAUAAUCACAGUAUACGUAUUGGUAAAACUAAAGUUGUACGCGUUCAACCUGAUAGCGUACAAGUUUGUAUCUCGGAUGAAAAAAGUGAAAGAGUAAACAACAAUAUUAAAGUAGAAAUAAAGAGACUUCAGAACCUCCUGUGUGACGUGCCACUUGUCAUAAGAGAGCGGGUGUUGCUUAGGCUACAGAAAAUCAAGAAUUCACAACAGUUGUCUUCGUUUUUGUUAAAAUGUUGCAAGAACAACUUGGUAUCUAUAGAAGAAAGAGAAGGUUGUGGCUUUGGUUUUUUUAACGUUUCUCGAACUCCAAUGACGUUCGCCCGUGCACCAGCUUGCAAAGAAGAAAACGAAGAAAUAAUUCAAUCUUGUUCAACUUGAUGAAGACAGAGACUGAAGUGGCCUUUAAUUUAAAAUUGUUUCUUAUUUUAAGUUAAAUUAAAUGAUGAGCUUGUAUA